AUGGUUUGGUUUGGUUUCUACUCAAAUUAUGAACAUGGUACUUAUCAUAGCCCAAAUACCACACACUGUCGUAUGUCUGCGCUUGGUGCCAAUAUGACAUCUCAGCACGUUAAAUUUUCUCUAAUGAAUAAGUUAAGAGUGCCGACAGUGCUACUACUCUUCACUCUCUGCACCCUGCAACCUUCCUGUGCUUUUAAACGUGCACUCUCUCUGGGCGAUGAAAUAUUCGCAGUUACCAAAUCGUUGACGUUUAUUGAGUUCGACGCCAACACCUCGUAUUCUAUGCUCGGAACAAUGUUCAACUUGAGCUCGCCUGCGGGUCCGUUGAUAAUGAACUUGAGUACAGUCAUGGAGAAUAUCAAUCAGAUUGAAGAUGACAGGAAUAUCCGUCGCGUUAUCGCCAUGACGAGUUCAUUUCAAUCACGGCUAAAGCAUUAUGAUGGCGGUGCCGCAUUGAGUAUCUGGACAUCACGCGUGGAUAGCUACGCCAAGAACAUUGACUCAAUAUUCAUGAAGCUUCGGCGAUGCCUCUAUGACACGAGGGGAACAUCCUUAUGGAGAUGGGAGGCCUUCGCUGAUGAGGCUGCGCGAACCGUUGAGGGAACCGUUAAUGCUUUACAGAAGACAAUUUUCCCCUGUAGCGAGGAAUUAGAGGGUAGCAAUAAUUACGUCUUCCGUCUCGCUCACAAUUCUUUAACGACGCAUAAAUGCAACGAAACGUUGGUGAUGCCAUAUUUUCUGAGCCAUUUAUUACAAGCAGCCAUAGUGACUGAAGUCAAAGGCUUGGCAGUGCUGACCUACGCUUCCAUGAUCCGCAAUGCCGAAAAUAGCGAAUGGAGAUCCGAACUUCUGAGAAUAUCUACUAAAUUCCAGAAACGAUUUUUGCAUUACGUGGCACAGACUUGGCGCGCUAUGGACUUAACAUCGAAUGCUUUGAUAGCAUGUGAUCCUGUCAAGGGCAAUCGUAUUCGAGGUGAUAAUUACUACGAAAUGGAAAAGCAAGUUCAAGUGUCCAUUUUCCAAUACAAUGUUGCCCUCAGAAGUAAGAAUUGUGCCAAUGCUGUGGCGAAAAAAUUAUACACAUUCGAUUCGGAUGUAGACAUUUGCAAGGGUGAACUGUCCGACUGCCAGUAUUCAGGGUGGCUAGAUGUGUGUCGAUUGAGGAAUAACUCAAAACGGUACGAGUGGAUUAAAGUUGAAAAUGGAAGUUAUGGAAUGAACUUCGACGAAUGCCCGAAUGGUACGAUAACUAAAUACGAGGGAGCGAGCAAUACGUUCGAUGGUCACUGUAUUUGCUUAUGCCAUAACACUGAUGAGAACUGGAUUAGUGUCAGUCCAGUGAUGGCUGAUAUAUCCAAGAACAUGGUUAUCACGGGUUUACGAUUCGUUCGUAAGAAUGGAGUUUUGCACCUCCAACUGAGGCAAGGAAAACUGUUGGCUAAUGGGUGGAUAAACCCAUCCUCCCAAAAGUGGAUGCCUUUACCAAAGAAACCACAGUUGGUAAUGGUAAAUACGACAACCAAUAAGUUCUACCUUGAUGACAUCCGAUUCCCGGAGGAACACGUCUUGAUCGGAGUUCAAUUCGAAUACAAUGAGGGAUUCGCUCUUAAAGCGUUUGGUAUGCCAUUCAAUUAUGCAACCGGACGUCUGCAAUCAACAAUCGUUGAAAAAACUCCAAAUUAUUUGAACUAUCAGCAAUUAGUACUUCCGUGGAGUAACUCGAUCUAUACAAAAAUCCCACACACGGAGAUUACAAGUGAAAAAUGGCUGCAACUGGAUGUUUCGGAGUGGCUGUAUGACGCAGGACAAUCAACAUUACCAUUAUUUGAUGGUGUAGCUGUUGAAACUGAUUUACCAGUUCCACUGAGUGGAGUUGGAUUAGUGCACAAAGGGGCACAAGCAUAUGCUGGCUAUAUUUCUCUGAAAUUGUAUUCCCUUCAGUAUUUCAAACUCUUGAAAAAGGCGAUUAAAAAAUAUUACAAUAUACCAGACUCGGAAGAUAAAUACAUAGAAUUGGUAACACGUUGUCAACAAUGGAAAAAUUAUAACUUGAAUCGGGUGAGAAGAGUGAUGGACGAAGUAUGUUUGAGUCGUGGAAAAUGGAAUUACUUUUGGCAGUACUUUAGUUUUUCCAAAAUGAAGCUACUGCGUACAUCAGCUGUCAUCCUACUGUUUGCUCUCUGCAGCGUACAAGCUUCUACCGAUUUUUACGAUGUCGUCCACGCAGGAAAACAAAUCUAUAUGAACUUAGAAAAGAUAUCGGACAUGAACCUCGAAGCAAAUAGGGUUGAAUUUGUGAUUGGUAAACUCCGAGACGCGGAAUUUAUGAGGGAGGAAGUAGAAAGUUUGGCCGGAACCGGAAAUGGCACAGAUUUAAAUGAAAUUUUCGGGCUUCUCGACAAAAUACUGAAUCAUCUGCAGCUCGGGGCUCAUGACCGUUCUGCAUUUUCUACGUGGAAAUCACUACUACAAAACUACACCUCAAAUAUUGCCUCAAAUUACGAGAGAUUUUUGCAGUUGUUGGACAUAAACAGAACAACUUCUGCCCAAGAGUGGAAUAUGUUCGCUGAGGACACUAUUCAAAACAUUGCAAAGAACAUUACCGAAUUGCACAAAAUAGUUUAUCCUCUACGAAAUAAAUCCAAGAGGAUUGGCAUGGUUUCCUGGCUAGCUGAGAUUAGUCAUGACUUACGCAUAAAUCUUUGCAAGGACACCUUAACGACAGAAGCAUUCCUCAGCCAUUUAUUCCAAGCGAUGAUGCUCAGUGAAGCCAAAGCUACGACGGCCUUAACUUACGCUGUCAUGAUCCAGAACUACAAGUAUGGUGAAUGGAAGUACAAAAUCAUGGAGCUGAUGGCGAACUUGAAAUCCCGAAUCGCGAACUCCUUGCUGAGCACCAACGAAGCUUUGGACAUGGCACAACAUCAAUCGAUAACGUGCGAUCCACCCAAUGGCCAACAUAUUCGCGAUGAGACGUACUUUGAGAUCGAAAGGUUGGUGCAAUUAUCGACUUUCGAAAUGACUAAUAGUUCCAAUAGCAAGAACUGCACGGCCGCUGUUGAGGAAAAAUCAUUCAAAGUUAAUUCGGAAGUAGAUAUUUGUAACGGUAGACUCACUCGCUGCGAGUAUACAUCAUCGUUAGAGCUGUGCCGAUUGGAAAAUGGCCCAAAGCGAUACGAGUGGAUUAAAACAGACACUGGAAAUUAUGGAAUGAAUUUCGAUAACUGCCCGAAUGGUAAAAUAAGUAAAUAUGAGGCACAGAACGAUCUGUACGCAGGUCACUGUAUUUGCAAAUGCCAGGAAACUAUUAACUGGAUGAGUAUAUCUUCAUCGACGAGUAAUGUAUCCGACAAUAUGGUUGUCAUUGGUUCGCGAUUCGUUCGCAAGGAUAGAGUUCUUUACCUGCAAUUGAAACAAGGAAGAUUACUGGCCAAUGGGUGGAUUGAUCCGUCCUCGCAGGAAUGGAUUCCCUUGCCAGAGAACCCACAGUUGAUACCGAUCAAUUCUACUACCAGGAUUUUUUAUACUGAUGAUGUACGUCUGCCUGACGAAUAUGUCGUGAUUGGUGCCCAUGUAGACUACCUCGACGGAUUUUAUCUUGUUGUAACAGGAGCGAAGUACUCAUAUGGAUCAGGAAAACUGGAGUCGUCUACCGUUUAUAAAUAUGCAAAGAGUUUUGACUAUGAACGUCUUGAAUUCUCAAAAAAAAAUUCGAUCUAUACAAAUGAGCCACACACGCUGCUUUCAAGGAAACAAAAGAUAAAACUGCGAAUCUCUGAUCGGAGGUAUGACGCAGGUCAAUCGGUGCUGCCAUUAUUCGAUGGAGUAGCUGCUGAAAAUGAUCCACCCGUACCAUUGGGUGGAUUAGGAAUUGGGCAUAAAGGGGCGGAGGGGUAUGCUGGUUUCAUUUCCCCGAAAUUAUUUUCACUUCCAUACUUGAGAGUUAUCAGAAACUACGGUUUUGAUAUGGCUUCAUGGUUGGCCAAGGCUUAAUUCUGUUUUUUCAAUGGAAUUGUUACUGUCCUCCUGAAAGAUCGUGAAACUCCAUGUGACACUCAUGCGGUCCACUGCCACUUAUUGAGUUUAUCGAUAAUAAUGAUCAUCAGUUCGAUGUAGGGGUUAUUGUUUAAUAAACUGUUGAUCUUUUAUUCAUUAGUUUGCGUUAAUAUGCAUAUCCUGAAGAUUGUGA